UAAAGAAUUGUUAAAUUGGUCAGUUUAUUCCAGUGAGUUCGCCAGAACGAAGUAGUUUCAUCCUCUUACAUCAAAUUCCUCAGAUCAUCCACUAUUAUUUCAUUCGUCUCUAUUCAAGUCGAAAAUUCGUAAAUUGAAAUGGAGAACCAAACCUAUUCCUACAGUAUUACAACUCGUUACAAAAAUUACAUGGAAAGGGGUGUGGCCGAAUUGAAAAUGUCGCAAAUGAAUAAAAUCAUUCGCGGCAAUGUAAACAACAGUUCAGUAGAGAGUCAUAAGACAAGCCUUCUAAUUCCACCAAAACCUGAGUUGAACAAAAUUAGUGGAGUUAAUAAACCAAUAGUGCACAGACAUUUUAUUUACAAUGAUUCGCCGAUUAAGACGCGAGGAAACUCCAUAGGAAAAGCUUGCUUUAAUCUAGGAGGGAAAAGAUCACGUUGCAGAGCUAAGGAAAAAGAUCAGGAUUUCCAUAAACUCCGUCAACAAUGUCUUCAGUCUGGACAAUUGUUCGAAGAUCCAGUGUUCCCGGCGAAGAAUUCGUCCCUCUAUUCUUCUCGCCGUCCGGCCGCAUCCAUAGAAUGGAAGCGCCCAAUGGAAAUUGUGGACAAUCCUCGAUUAUUCGUCGAGGGAUUCUCCAGAUUCGAUGUCCAGCAGGGAGACCUGAAUGACUGCUGGCUACUCGCUGCAGUUGCCAAUCUCACCAUGUAUCCACAUUUAUUCUUUCAAGUGGUUCCGAAGGAUCAGGGGUUCGAUAAAAAUUACGCUGGGAUCUUUCACUUCAGAUUUUGGCAGUAUGGUAAAUGGGUGGAUGUAGUGAUAGAUGAUCGUCUUCCAACGUGCCACGGUAAAUUGAUGUACCUCAGUUCAGCAAAGAACAACGAGUUUUGGAGUGCACUAUUGGAGAAAGCUUAUGCUAAACUCCGCGGCUCCUACAAGGCAUUAACUAAUGGUAGAAUGUGUGAAGCCAUGGGAGAUUUCACAGGAGGGGUCACCGAAAUAUGUCAGAUGGAGGAAACUCUCCCGAAUCUCUUCAGCAUUCUCCUGAAAGCCUAUGAGAGGAACUCGAUGAUGGGUUGCUCAUUGAGCACAAAUCGCAAUGUUCUUAAGACCGCGACACAAAAGGGUCUCAUCAGACAUCAUGCCUAUAGUAUCACCCGAGUAAAAUAUGUUGACAUUCAGACUCCCAAUCAGUCCGGAAGAAUUCCACUGCUGAGGCUGAGGAAUCCCUGGGGCAAUGAGGCGGAGUGGAACGGCCCCUGGAGUGAUGGAUCUCCAGAGUGGAGGUCCAUACCAGAUCACGAGAAAGCGAAGCUGGGACUCACUUUCGAUAGUGAUGGAGAAUUUUGGAUGUCUUUUCAGGAUUGGAAGAGAUUCUUUAAUUUUGUGGAAAUUUGUCAUUUGAAUCCUGGUUCUCUUAGUGAGGAUGAUCUUAAUUCGGGGAAGAAGAGGUGGGAGAUGAGUGUCUUUGAGGGGGAGUGGGUAAGGGGAGUCACUGCCGGGGGGUGCAGUGAGUUCUUAGACACAUUUUGUAACAAUCCUCAGUAUAUCGUGACCUUAGAAUACCCUGAUGAGGGCGAUGAUAAGUGUACCGUUAUUGUAGCACUGAUGCAGAAGAACAGGAAAGCCCAGAAACGAAUGGGUGCUGAUUGUUUGACAAUUGGCUUUGAGAUUUAUCCCCUCGAAGACCGAGAACGAUUGCCAAAACCUCUGGACGUUAAUUUCUUCAAGUAUAAUACGUCUGUUGCCAGAUCACCUUCGUUUAUCAAUCUGAGGGAAGUCAGCUGUCGAUUCAAACUGCCACCUGGUACAUAUUGUAUCGUCCCUAGUACUUAUGAUCCCAAUGAGGAGGGUGAAUUCUUAAUGAGGGUAUUCUCUGAGAAUAAAAACAGCAUGCACGAACAUGAUGAAUGUGUUGACUUUGGAGAAGUCGAUGACAGGGUCAGAGACCAGCCAGAGCCAGAUCACAACGAAAUAAUUAGUGAAUUUUUCCGGAAGUUCAAGGAGGACGACAUGGAGGUCGAUUGGAUGGAACUAAAAGAGAUCCUGGACUACGCCUUGCGUGAAGAAUUGCAGAAUGAGGGAUUCAGCAAGGACAUUUGUCGUGCUAUGGUAUACAUGAUGGAUCGCGAUGACAUCGGGAGAUUAGGGUACGACGAGUUCCUGACACUAUGGACUGAUAUAAUGCAUUGGAGGGCUGUAUUCAAAUUGUACGACCAGACUGGCUGCGGAUACAUCAGUGGCUUUCAGCUGCGACAGGCUCUUAAGAGUGCUGGAUAUCGGUUGAACAAUCGCAUGCUGAAUAUUUUCGGUCAUCGAUAUGGAACUAAGGAUGGACUCAUUUACUUUGAGGGCUACAUCAUGUGCGCUCUUCGACUAAAAACUAUGAUGGUUCGGGGUUCUUACUUGUUUGAAUAAUCAAUUCUGACUUGUAUAGGUAUAAUACUGGCAUAGCGUCUCAUUAUCCCAAUCAUUUGUUCGGUGAUGAAGUGCUAUGAAAAAAUUAAUUCGAAGAUUUCUUUGCAAAUAUUCUUUGAAGAAAAGCGUCAGGUAUUUGUGUUUUGCUCUGUUUUCUGACGUCCACUUUCAGGCAUUAAUUGAAUGUUCAUGCUCGAUAAUUAAUAAUCAUUUGUUAGUCUACCUCUAUGUGCCUCAUUGUCUUGCAUUUCUUCUCAUGGAUACAAUAAUAAUCAUCACAAUAACAAUUAUUGGUUUUAAUGACCAUAAACAUCUGGUAUAUGAUAUAUUCAGGGAUAUAAUUAAAAUAACGAAUACAAAAAGUAACACAUUUUGGUCAUACUUCGAACUCUUGUUAGAACUUCUUUUCUUCCAAUUUUACGGAAUGAAAUCUAUUGAGUGGUAAUUGUGGAAUCGAUUGUACUGGGAGUAUAUUUUCUAAUAAAUUGUCAUGACGUAUUGUAAUAUUCCAAAUAUCUUCGACUCCAUUUCAUUUAACAUUUUUAUUUAUUGUAUCCUAUCACAAUACUUCCCUUCUGUCAAACUUUUUAUUGAUUUAUUUAAAGAGGACAAGUAAGAGGGUACUCUCCUUUCGAGUUUUCGAAGGUUCACUUUGUUUGAGUCUCAAGGCUGUUCCCAAUUGAAAAUUGUAAAGGACAAAACUGGAAUCUUGUCUAGAGAAUAUUAGAAAUAUUCUGUUAAUAAUUUGCCACUCUCUGUCUAUUUUUUUAGUAAAUAUUUUUAUUAAUCAACAACUACAAAAUUCACUGCUGUAAUCAUACAAUGAGGCGUAAUUACAGAUGAAUAAAAUAUUCUUUAAGCUCGAAAGAAUAAAUACUAAUAAAUAAAAUUAAUUGAGCAAACGAAUGCCACUUAAUAUCGUAGUUUCAUUUGAUCAUUAUUUGAGUAAAUUAAUAGUAGUUUAUGUAAUUAGACGAUAAAAGUAUCAUUUGGCGAAUUUGCCUGUAUAAUACGACCGAAGACGAAGGCAUUUGUUAUUAAUAAUCAUGUAUAUACCGUAUCAAGUGAUCAAUAGCACUCCGUCAGUAUUGAAAUCCCACAAUAGUACUAACAAACAAUCGCAGUGUUCUCUCAUUCGGGUGAACGUAUGUAUUUAUUUACACUCACCAAAUUCUGGGGCUGAAUUUUAAAGGAAGUGGAUGUUACUCUUUGAUAUCUUCAUUAAUAGUUUUUUCAGUUUUUUACAGAAUUUAGAAUUCUCAUUUAUGUACUUCCGGUAGCAUUAAGUUCAGCUAUAAUACCGAGAUAUAUGUUUUCUGAUAACUUUUACGGACGAAGGAUAUCUUCUGAUACUUCUAGAUAACUUUUAAAGUGUAAGCCAUUUGGACCACGAAUAUUUUUUUCAUCAAUGUUUUCAAGGAAAAUGUUCAACCAAUAAUAAUCGAUGAGAAAAUCUAUCCACAGUGUGCCACCAAUCCUCGGCCAGACAGUUUUAUCAUUCCAGAGUGCAGCAUUUGCAUUUAUAUCUAAUCGUUCGAAGUCAUUGUGAUUGUGUGAUUCUCAUCAGUAUUUACUGAACAUAGUGAAUAUUUUUUUAAUGUUUAAGUGAUCACGCAAAUUAUCCAGAAGUUCAAUCGGACUGUUUAUUUUUUAUUGUAAUCACCGACUCAUUAGAAACACCAGUGCAUUGUUUCCAUUACUGGUGACUAUGACUAUUAACAUGAUAUACAAAUUAAUGGACGAUAAUCUAUGCGGAAUACGCGAUAUGUAGAAAUUAUUAGUCAUUUCGAAUUUUACCCGAGGAAAUAACCGGCAAGUUCAAUGGGUAACAAAUGCUCCGAAACACUAGAUUAUUUCUAUUUUUUCGUAUGUCUUGUUCAGCAAAAUUUAAUAAGAUUUAAUAUACCGUUUAAUAUACAGUUGAUUGAUCAAUAGAAUCCCUCAUCAUUUAAAUCAUUCUAUUACUCCGUAUCAAGUGAUCAAUAGCACACAGUCAGUAUUGAAAUCCCACAAUAGUACUAACAAACAAUCGCACCGUUCUCUCAUUCGGGUGAACGUAUGUAUUUAUUUACACUCACUAAAUUCUGAGGUUGAAUUAUAAAGGAAGUGGAUGUUACUCUUUGAUAUCUUCAUUACAAUCGUGCAAUUUUAUAUUUUUUUCGAAUAACGGAUUUGAUAUUUUUCGGCGGUGUAAAAUUUUCAAGACGUCCCGAACAAUCGAUCGCAACAGAAAUAAUUGACAGACAUUAUUAACAAUCACUUGUCAUUCGUAACAGCAAUUCAAUUUCGUAUUAGGGGUUCAACAAUACAAAGACUGCAUUCCAAUUACUCAAUGACAUGACUAUAGCUAUGUUACUCAGUCGUAGGAAUGGAGAAUUGUACAACUUGUUGAAAUUCUAGUGAGACGGUGACUAAAAACAUUUAAUAAGUCAUUGAAUAAAGAAAAUUGUAAACAAAAGUGUUGAGUGAAUAAUCUCAGUGGAUCAACAUGGGUAAUUACUGGGGGAAUAUGCAUGCUACCAGUGAGCAAGAAGUCGCCAGACAGAAAGUCGAGAAAACGGUAAGUCUACACCGUUCAGUUCAGUUUCCAGUUUACUGUAAACUGAAUUUUAUAGAGUGUUGGGACUAUCAUUGGUAUUGAACCAACACUGGCAAUUAUGCGAAGGUCGCUAGGGAGCUCCUUGCUGAUUUAUGUCAUACGCAAUGCUUGAUGGUGUUUCCUGUGGUCAAGUCCUAGGGUAAUGGGUGCAUGUUUGAAAGCGCAAACCAGCUUAGAUAAAAAGGGAGGCUCUCUAAAAAUUUCUAAAAAGUUGUUCCCUUUUUCAUCCUAUUCUUCUCUUUUUUUUAUCAAGGAGAUCACCUUAAAAUUUGGAACAUUUGAGUUGGGGAGAUUGCACGGAAUGCUUUGCUCAGAAAAAUGGAGUUGCAUAGACUUUUUCUACAAAACAUUUAAAUUAAACAAUAAAAAGUGAAAUACAAGUCUCAUAGGCUUUUCUGCUAUAUUUACUAAGCUUUAAUAGAAUAAUUUUCUGGCGUGUCGCGAGUUUCCUGCCAUAGCUAUGUUCUACAUUUCAAUAUUUCACUUUUAUCAAAUGUCACAAUGUUUAUUUAGAUUUAGUCACAAACAAUUUUUAGAUUUAAGUCGCGUUAAAAGAUUACUGCGCUGGAAAACUCCGGUGCUUUCUUCGAGAGCUCGAUCUUGAGUGCCCUCGCCCUCAACUCGUACAGGGUGAGAAGUCCGACCCAAAGACAAGGCCUGAUUGUUCCUUGGGUUGUCCACGUGUUGGGCUGUUUAGGUCAUAAAUAGCCCAAGUGUGUCCACACUUCCCGGAGACGAUUACAAUAGGUUGACCGAUUGGAUCCCAAUGUAAAAAUAUUUCCCACAAAAACUCUGUAAAUUUUCCAUUUCUCUCCCAACGAAGGAAUCACCACUAAAACAUUUCACAAACGACCUUGAGACGGAGGUGGGUCCCCGUGACCCAGUAACACGAAAAAUGAUCCCGAAGAAUUCUCCCACUCCCCCCUCAUUCCCAAUUAGCCCUCAAGAAAACCGAGUAAAAAUGUCAUUAAUGACAGACUGAAAAUUGUUCAAUGUAAUGAUGAGAUCACAAUGAGAAUGGCUAGUCACCUAACGGUCCUCUCUCUCCGGCUGGACAGUAUCGCAGGCAUCAGUUGUUCCCGACCAUUCGAUCGCACCAUCACAAUUGAUUCACGAGUUCAAUAAUUGUUGACAAAUUCUCUCCCCUUGAAUCCUCUUGAUAUCCUAGUGCUUGUUGAUAAAUUGGUGAAUCGAGUGAAGUAGUCGACUUAUUGGUUGUUACCUGGGAGAAUCGGAACGAGUGAUUAUGGAUAUUAUCAGCAACCCUGUGGCUACGGAUGGAACGCUGCUGCUAUCGAGCCCGGAAACGACGUCUUUGUCAAGAAAGAGUGUCCAGUCAAGCGGGUUUUACCUUCUCUAUUCGCUAUCACAGUGGUACUGAACCUUUGUUGAAAUUUUUCUGCUGUAUUUACAUCAUUCUAUUGACUUAUUAUUAUGCGCGAAUCCUUGUUUACCAUAGCUGUUGGAACACAUAACCUCACUUCUUGGCAUAUUUUAAAAUAUGGUCAUCAAUGUAUCUACAUUGAAAUGGAUAAAAAUGAAUAAAUUGUUUGCAAAGUG